AUGUUAGGAGGGGAUUGGGCGAAGGUUAGGAACUCUGAAGACCAGCUAUUCUUCAAUGGCAUGAUACCUUCGGAGGGACUCCAGCUGAUACUUGCGUCACAUGUCUCGAAGGAGGCUAUUCUUCUUUCACCAACCGAAGGAUUUAGGCUCAUGAUCCAUUCUCCCGAGAAGCAACCCGAUCCCCUAAAAGAAGGAUUUGAUGUAAAUAUCCAAUCGAUUUCCUAUAUUGGCAUCAGGAGGGCGGUGUUAGGAAGACUUCCUCCAGACUUGGGAGGAGAUUGUGCACCUGAAUUAUAUCUUGAGCAAAGAUUCGACCACGAGAUCUUCAGUUUCUCACAGAAGCUGAAGUAUACCAAGCUGGUCUGUCUCAAAAUGUGCUUCCUUCAACUGAUUCCUGAAGAGAGUCGGUGGGGCUGGGAUGAUUCUCUUCUGCGAAUCUCAUCUAAUUACACAGUUUAUAACAGCACAAGUUCUGAACAUCAAGAAAACCCCCCUCUUCCAAUGACGUAUGAUACCAUCCCUGAGCAGUGGGCGGACUUCAUUGGCAUGUUCGGGGGGAUGCUCGGUCUCUACACCGGGCUCUCUUUCGUCUCUGUUCUGGAAAUGAUAGAAUGGAUCUUUGACCUAUUCUUAUAUGGUUGGAGACGGCCUCGAAACGACAAUAUGGGGCCGAAGCGACUGGUCAUUCUCACUUGGAGAGACAACGGGAAAUUGGAGGGAAAGUCGGGAAAGAAAGUUCUGAAUUCAACCAUUUCUUGGGGAGAUGAGUUUCGCUACACUACCUCCACUCAGAAAGAAACAAGGAGAGCUGCAUUCGAUCUGGCCUUCUCAGAUCGAUUGACGUAAACAGGAAGAUGAUCACAUCAGCAG